AUGGAGCCCCCUUCUAAGAAGAUGCGCAAGCUCUUGGAGAACGACAGUGACAGCGACUCUGGGGAUGAGUCUGGUGGGGUGCUUCUUGACAAGCAGUCGCCCGAUGCCCCGUUCAAGAUCAACGAAGAUUACGCUCGACGAUUCGAAUACAACAAGAAGAGAGAGGAGGUUGCUCGAUUGGAAGCAAAGUACGGUAAAUCCUCCAGUCUCGGAAACCGCCAAGCUGGUGAAGACUCCGACGACUCGACCGAUGAAGAAGAGGACGACGAUGCUGAGCUUGCCACGGAAGCCCUGGAUGCGGAGAUUUCUGCGACCUUGAAGGCGAUUCGUUCCAAGGAUCCUCGCGUUUACGACAAAGAUGUCACUUUCUACACCAAGUACGACCCCGAGGCUGCCAAUGCUGCCAAAGAACCCAAAGAGAAGUCCAUGACUCUACGGGAUUACCACACCGAGAAUCUCUUGAAGGGCGUGAACCCAGCCGAGGAGGAGAACACUCCGAAGACCUACGCUCAAGAGCAGGCCGACUUGAAGAACAACAUUGUUAGGGAGAUGCACGGAGCGGGAGCCAACUCUGACGAUGAGAUGGAAGAUGCCGACGAUUUCUUGAUUCGCAAGCCCGGUCAGGAUACCUCGCUUCCCAAGGAAGAAAUCAAACUCGACAUCGAAAAUGCGGACAAGGACCCCGAAACUUUCCUGUCCAACUUCCUCUCAUCACGCGCGUGGCUUCCCACCAACAAGCCCGAGAUGCAACCAUUUGAUUCAGAUGAUGACGAUGAUUUCAAUCGGGCGGAUGCCUUUGAAGAGGCAUACAACUUCCGGUUCGAGGAUCCUAACAAGAUGAACGAGGCGUUGGUCACUCAUUCUCGUGAUCUCACCAACCAGCAAUCUGUUCGUCGUGAUGAGAAGAGCUCUCGCAAGAAGAUCCGUGAUGCCGAGCGCCAGCAGAAGGAAGAAGAGAAGAAGCAGCGCGAGACUGAAAAGAACCGCCUGCGCAAGCUGAAGACCGAGGAACUCCAGAAGAAGGUCGAUCAGAUCAAGGAAGUUGCCGGCCUUCGAGCCUCCAACUUCACAGACGAGGAUUGGUCUCGCUUCCUGGACGCUUCUUGGGACGACGAGAACUGGGAGUCAGAAAUGCAAAAACGAUUUGGAGAAGAGUAUUACGAUGAGGCUGAAGGCAGCGAUGACGGUGACAAGAAGAAAAAGAAGCCCAAGAAGCCUACAUGGGAUGAUGACAUCGAUAUCAACGACUUGAUCCCCGACUACGAGGAUGAGGAACUCAAGCCCACAGUCGAGCAAUCAGACGACGAGGGCGACGAUGACGAGGCCUCUGGCUCCAAGAAGAAGAGUAAGGCCGAGGAAAAGCGUAUCCAAAAACGGGAGGCCCGUAAGGACCGCAUGCGCAUUGAUGAUGCCGUUGAGCGGAAUCUUGACCUCGACAUUACCCUGCUUCCCGGAGCAACCAAGAAGAACGCGACUAAAUUCCGUUACCGCGAGACCUCACCACAGAGCUUUGGUUUGACCGCACGGGACAUCCUCAUGGCAGACGACACUCAGCUGAACAAAUUCGCUGGCCUGAAGAAGCUCGCUUCCUUCCGUGAGGAGGAGCAGAAGCAGCGUGAUCUCAAGAAGCUCGGUAAGAAGGCCCGACUUCGUGAGUGGCGCAAGGAUACCUUUGGAGACGAGAAUGGGCCAGAGUUCAAGUUCGGUGGCGAUGCCAAGCCUCAAACUAAGCCUGAGGAGAACGAGACCAAGCUUGAUAUCAGAGAAGGUGAUGGCUCGAAGAAGAAGAGAAAGCGCUCGAAGAAGCACUAA